UCCCUCUGUCCUCAAAGAGCAAAACCCUACUGUACAAUGCCUUCUGAAGGCUGUCUGCCUCCUUUCCUCACUGCCCACCUACUGUAGGGAGCAGCUCCUCCCACCUGCACAUAAAAGCCAAGUGCAUGUUACCAGCAGCUGAUCAGAGCACUUUCUCAGUCCUCCACUGUUUUGAGCCAGUGAUCUUCUCUCCUUGGAUCUUGUAUACUCAAGAAACAGAAGAAACAGCAGACUGUCAGAAUCAUUCAGAUUUGAUAUUCAGCACUGUUACGAUCUCUUCAUUACUGGAUGUUGAGUCUAGAUAUCAGAAUCAGCGCAUUAAAGUACUCUCCUAUUAAUCUGAGGUGACGGGCAGCACUACAAGCACAGCAAGCAAAGUGAAAAGACUGGCAGCUCAAGAGCCAAUUGUGAAUCAUCAAAACUUUUCCCUGGAUAAACUCAGGAGUAAUUCUGAACCCAACUGAAGAUCGAUGAAAUAUCAAAAGAACUAACGCAAACAGGAAAUCUUGGCCUCUCAAAGUGAAAAGCAAGCAAGCUGUCCUUCUUGUCCUUUGCUGAAAGCUAAAUGUGCUGAGAGGUGCCUAAUGGGAUUUUCCAUGUAACUCUAACUCCCACUGGCACAUCUGGCAGUGCCAUGAGGGACCUGUCUCCAACUUCAAAUGCCUGGAUACUUUCCACACCUUGUCCUUCAAGCUCAGGCAGAAUACCUACUACAGCUGCUGUAGAACUAAAAGAACCAAAAUAGCAGAGAGUGUAUCACAAAAAUAGGUCAUGGCUGUGCUGCUAGUCCCUGCGCAGCUGCUGGCGGUGGCUGUCACCAUUUAUUUGGAGCUGGUGAGAUCCAUUCAGGGCGGUGUCUAUUAUGGGAUCAAGCAGCUGCCACCCCAGGUGCCCCAGUACCAAGCCCUCGGACAACAAGUACCUCACAUGCCGCUGGGCAAAGAAGGCAUCCCAAUGCAGCACAUGGGCAAGGAGAUGCCGCACAUGCAGUAUGGGAAGGAGUAUCCCCAUCUUCCUCAGUACAUGAAGGAGGUCCCACAGAUGCCUCUGCUCGGCAAGGACAUGGCUGCAAAGAAAGAAAAAGAAAUGCCUGUACUCGGUUUGAGAGGCGAGCAAGGUCCCCCUGGUGAGCCUGGACCAAGAGGGCCACCAGGGCCACCAGGAUUACCAGGUCACGGAGUGCCAGGAGCCAAAGGAAAACCGGGUCCACAAGGAUAUCCAGGAAUUGGGAAGCCAGGUUUGCCUGGCAUGCCUGGGAAACCAGGAGUCAUGGGGCCCCCGGGGCAGAGAGGGGAGAUGGGACCAAAGGGAGAGGUUGGGCCCAUGGGAAUACCCGGGCCCCAAGGACCACCGGGACCUCACGGACUUCCUGGCAUAGGAAAAGCAGGUGCUCCAGGACUGCCAGGACAACCGGGACCAAAGGGUGAGCCUGGGAUGAAAGGGCCCCCAGGAGUCCCUGGCAUCCCAGGGCCAAAAGGAGAAAAAGGCAUUGGGAUUCCAGGUUUACCGGGGUUAAAAGGUCCACCCGGAUUACCGGGCCCUCCAGGCCCAGUAGGACUGCCGGGGGUUGGGAAGCCGGGAAUGGUUGGGUUUCCAGGCCCCCAGGGACCGCUAGGUAAGCCAGGCCCCCCAGGGGAGCAGGGGCUACAGGGGCCCCCAGGGGUGCCAGGGAUCCAAGGCCCCCCGGGCCUACCAGGGGUCGGUAAGCCAGGCCAGGACGGCAUCCCUGGCCAACCUGGCUUCCCAGGUGGCAAAGGAGAGCAAGGUUUGCCAGGCUUACCGGGGCCCCCCGGCCUCCCCGGUGUCGGGAAACCGGGAUUUCCGGGGCCUAAAGGCGAACGUGGCAUGGGUGGCCUGCCCGGCCCCCUCGGGCCUAAGGGAGAGAAAGGACACGCGGGGCCACCGGGCAUGGGAGGGCCUCCGGGGGAGCCGGGACAGCCAGGACUACCGGGAAUCAUGGGCCCCCCAGGUGCCGUCGGCUUCCCGGGCCCCAAAGGAGAAGGCGGAGCUGUGGGGCCACAAGGACCUGUUGGCCCAAAGGGUGAACCAGGCCUACAGGGGUUCCCAGGAAAGCCAGGUUUUCCCGGGGAAGUAGGGGCCCCUGGGCUUCGGGGGCUGCCAGGCCCCACAGGGCCCAAGGGCGAAGCCGGUCACAAAGGCUUGCCGGGCCUGCCCGGCGUCCCGGGGCUCAUGGGGCCCAAGGGUGAGCCGGGGCUACCCGGUGCCCAGGGGCUCCAGGGGCCCUCGGGGAUCCCGGGCAUUGCAGGACCCAGUGGCCCCAUCGGCCCCCCGGGGCUGCCGGGGCCCAAGGGCGAACCGGGCCUGCCUGGCCCCCCCGGCUUCCCCGGCGUGGGCAAACCUGGCGUGGCGGGGCUGCAGGGCCCCCCGGGGAAGCCUGGCGCACUCGGCCCCCCCGGGCAGCCCGGCCUCCAGGGGCCCCCUGGCCCCCCGGGACCCCCCGGCCCCCCCGUCGUCAUCCCGCCCACACCGCCGGCUGUUGGACAGUACCUGCCUGAGGUGGGGCCCGGGGUCGAUGGCGUGAAGCCCCCCUAUGGCUACGCCGGCAAGAAGGGCAAGAACGGCGGCGUUGUCUACGAGAUGCCUGCUUUCACCGCCGAGCUCCUCACCCCCUUCCCCCGGGUCGGUGUGCCCGUGAAAUUCGACAAGCUCCUCUACAACGGCCGGCAGAACUACAACCCGCAGACGGGGAUCUUCACCUGUGAGAUCCCUGGGAUUUACUACUUCGCCUACCACGUUCACUGUAAAGGGGCCAGCGUCUGGGUGGCCUUGUUCAAGAACAACGAGCCGCUGAUGUACACCUACGACGAGUACAAGAAAGGCUUCCUGGACCAAGCUUCCGGCAGCGCCGUUGUGCAGCUCAUGCACGGAGACAAAGUUUACGUUCAAAUGCCAUCCGAACAGGCAGCAGGACUCUAUGCCGGGCAGUAUGUUCACUCGUCUUUUUCAGGAUAUUUAUUGUAUCCCAUGUAAAACAAAAAUCAGACCAAAAAAAAUUUUUUUCAAAACCUUUCUUCUCUGCUUCAAUCUUUUAUACCAUGAGAGAUGCAUUUAAUGACUGUUUUGGACCAUCUUGUACAAAAAGAAUAAAUACAAAGUUUUACAUUAUGCACAGCUAGUUAUAAAAAAAAAUGGUGAGUGAACAUAUUUAAAGAUGUGUAUCAGGUUCAUAAACAGUUGUUUUGUACCCAAUGGGGACAUAUUAGCUGUACAUUAUAUAUUUCUGUGAUACCGUGCUUACUUCAUUUCAUUCACAAUAAUACAGUACUAAGGUUCAAAUCAGUGUAUGUCACUCACUCCUGUUGUGUAUUUGACUGAUGCAUUGAUCAUACUUAUAAGAUGAAAACAGUAACUUAAAAUAGAGUAAGUCAGCCUCAAAUUAUAUGGAAAAAUUUGAGUGGCUUUUUAUUUGUUAUUUUUUUACAGCAGGACUGCCUGACAAGCAAAGGUUCUCUUAGCUGGAGAUCUUUAUUUCCCUUCCCCCCAUAUAAAAUAUUCCUGCAGUUUUCUCCUGAACAAUACAUGUAUGACGGGAAAUAAGUACUGAUGGCCUAACUAAUUCCCCGAGAGCCUCCUCCAGCAGUUCCUGGGCUCAGACCACUGCCAUCAGCUCCAGCAGACAGGGGCCUCACCUCCAAGCGCAAUAGCGCUCAGAAAGCCUCCAUAUGCAUUUACAAAGUUGAAAUAGAUGAGGUAGAUCAGUGACAAAAUUUUCAUCUAAGGGUUUCAUAUUCCCUUUAUGCCAUCUGAUUACGACAUUUUGGCCAACACAUGGCAAUACAGCAAAGUGGUAUAAAUUUGGUUGGAUUUCUGUACUUGUUGCUAAGAACCUGCAAUCUAUUUGCCUUUUAAGAGGAUACACAUAUUCUGCAACUUAGUCAAAAUUAAGUCAGUUUACUCCUCAAUGGGUUGCAAAGCAGCAGUAGCCGUUUGCUAACUAAUUUGUUGUUUAAGAUCAACCAAUAACUUUAUCAGCAACACUGAUCAUGCAAAUUUACCCCAAGGACUUCAUUUCAUGAAAAAGCUGAUUUCUGAUCCGUAUUUGUAUGUCACCAAUUUGUCUAGGAGAAUAUGCAGGCCUCAAACUUGUCUAUACGUGGGGAAAGCUACUUUUAUGCAAGAACUAUCUGUUCAUCAAUGGUGCUAAUC